GUUAUUAGGAGGUGAUGGUGGAAAGGUGAGCAUUGCAGACUUUGGACCCUCUUCCCUGGCUAUUUCUCUCAGUCUCUGCGGCAGCACUCCGCUUCGUCUCUCUGCUCUGAAUAAAAAACAUGAAGAUUGAUUUUGCGCCUGCAGACGUGCCCCUGGACAGGAGGCUGCAGACGGCCUCCGUGCUGCAGUGGGUCUACUCCUUCCUUGGUCUGGCACCCACCUGCAUCUUCCUGUUCUUUUACCUGCUCUUUACCCGCUUCUGGCUGGUCAGCGUGCUGUACGCCAUCUGGUGGGCCUAUGAUUAUGACACCCCUGCGCGCGGCGGGCGGAGGGUGGCCUUUCUUUGUGGGCUCAAAAUCUGGGAUUACAUGCGGGAUUACUUCCCCAUCAAGUUGGUGAAGACAGCUGACUUGGACCCCAAGCACAAUUACAUCUUCGGCUUCCAUCCCCAUGGCGUGCUGGUGGCGGGGGCCUUCGCCAACUUCUGCACCUUCUCCACAGGCUUCAGACAGCAGUUCCCGGGCCUCACCACCUACAUGCUCAUGCUGCCUCUGUGGUUCAGAGCCCCGUUCUUCAGAGACUACAUCAUGUCUGCAGGCCUGAUUCCUUCAGACAAAGUCAGUGCCAGCUAUCCCCUGCACCAUCGCCGGGGUGGCAGUGCUGUUGUAAUCGCUGUGGGCGGCGCCCCAGAGGCCCUCGAUGCGCACCCAGGGAAUUUCAAUGUGCUUUUGGCCAGGAAGAAAGGGUUCAUCAAAAUGGCACUGGAGUAUGGAGCCCACCUGGUGCCUGUCUUCUCCUUUGGAGAGAACGAGGUGUUUGAUCAAGUGGAAAACCCAAAAGGAACCUGGCUGCGGUGGAUACAGGAGCGGCUGCAAAGCAUCAUGGGUAUUUCCCUGCCUCUCUUCCACGCACGAGGCAUUUUCCAGUACUCCUUUGGCCUCAUGCCUUACAGACGACCCAUCAACACCGUGGUCGGCCGGCCAAUCAAGGUGGAGAAGAAAAAGAAGCCAACUGUUGAGGAACUGGAUGCCCUUCAUCAGCUGUACAUGGACGAACUCAGCAAUUUGUUUGAGGAGCACAAAGAAAACUAUGGAGUGGACAAGGACACACACCUGAAUUUUACAAUUCUGGCUGCAUAUUCUGGCGUCCUCAAAGGCACUGGAUCCAGCAUCCUCUCCGCCCUGCAGAACCGGCCAUCGGCGAUCUGGCCCUGCAGGUCCAAGAUGGAGAAGCACCUGCAGGUCAUUUCAGUGCUGCAGUGGGUCCUCUCAUUUUUAGCCAUGGGAGGGAGAAGAUCUUCAUGGGUGAGAAACUGGACAGUGUGGUCGUAUUUCCGGGACUACUUUCCCAUCAGGCUAAUUAAAACGCACGAUCUGCUGCCCAGCCGGAACUACAUAUUUGGCUCCCACCCCCAUGGCAUCUUCUGUUUUGGGGCUUUCUGCAACUUUGGGACAGAAGCAACGGGCUUCUCCAAGAAAUUCCCCGGCAUCAAGCCCUCCUUAGCAACCCUGGCAGGGAACUUCCGCUUGCCUGUCCUUCGAGACUACCUGAUGUCUGGAGGCAUCUGCCCAGUUAACAAGAACUCCAUUGACUACCUGCUGUCAUGUAAUGGGACAGGAAAUGCUGUGGUCAUCGUAGUUGGAGGAGCAGCGGAGUCUCUGCAGUGUGCACCCGGCAUGAAUUCGGUCACUCUGAAGAACCGGAAAGGCUUCGUGAGGCUAGCCCUGCAGAAAGGCGCCGACCUGGUUCCUGUGUACUCCUUUGGAGAGAACGAUGCCUACAAGCAGGUGAUCUUCGAGGAGGGAACCUACUGGAGAUAUUUGCAGAGGAGGUUACAGAAGAUCUUGGGUUUUGCCCCGUGCCUAUUCCAUGGAUUUGGAGAGCCAAUUACGGUGCCAAAAAUUGAGGACCCAACUGAAGAGAUGGUGAAUCUCUACCAUGGGAUGUACACUAGGUCCCUCCAAAGCCUUUUUGACAAGUAUAAGACCCGCUUUGGUCUAAAAGAAAGUGACAUCCUGCACAUCCAGUGAGAGGGCACUGAGUUCUGAACUGUGGCUGCAGUUUUUCCUCCUCCUCCUAUCUCAGUGGCCGGUUUGUCCCUGGACUGCAAACUGUACACAUGCGGACAUUUGAAAAAGAAACUCCGGCUUACUGAAGUGUCUCAAACAUACUCGCACAAGCAUAGUUCAGUCUUAGAUGAAAGCAGGUUUUAAAGAAUUGUGGCCUCUAACAGCAGCCCAUAGAUACACAAAAUUCCAUGUGAAAAGAUGUGCCUUUUUGCUUCCAUUGUGGGUUAUCCCUGCAAAGAUAUCAUGUUUGGACCAUUUCUGUGCAGAAUGGGCUAAACUCCACUAGAUGGAGCAGUAAGAACGCUUAGGACUUAAGACAAGGACAUGUCUUAUUUCAUCUGUGCAUUCAUAUCUUUAAGUGCUUUAUGACCCUACUACAUGCUAAACGCACAAACAAUGCAAAUGGAAGGAACCACUUUAAUGCUGGGAUAAUAAACCCAAAAGGUUAAUUGAACCAAAGACCUAUAUCACCACUAAUGGCUUUUUUUUCUCUUUUUUUUCUGUACUCAAAAUGUAAGUAUUCUGCAGGGUGGAUUUACAUUGUGAAUGGACAAUUCUCAUGUGCCUGUGAUUUUACAAAGCCAUAAAGUAUUAAUUAUAUUUUCUAGAGAGGAAAAAGCCUAAUUCAGUGCUUGUCCCUCAGUGAAUAGUUCUCUUGCACUUUUUUUUUGUAUUGCUGAUUUCCAUCUGAAGAUUUAUUCUAAAAAAGAUGCCUGAUCAGAGAUAAAUUCUGCUUAACAGUCAGUGGGCUGCUUGGCUGUAUUUUUUCUUUUUGUUACUCUGGUAACCAGGUCUUAAUCUAAAAGGAUACAAUUAUUAUUAUUUUUUUUGCUGUGGAAACUGAUCAAGCAUUUUUUGAGCAGUAUUUGAGAAAAGUGGAGUCAUUUUGUGGAUAUAAAAAAAUGUCUAUCUGCUGAUUCCAGUAUAUGGUGUAUCACUGUGACAAUACGGUGGCUGUGAUCUUUGAAAAUGAGGGAUUUACACCUAGUAAUUCCUUAUUGGUAUUAAGUUAUUCAGUAUUUGAAGGUGUCUCUGGUACUUUUCUGACAUAAUAGUAUGAGUAGAAUCUACCUGGGAAUCAUCAGAAUAGCGAAGCUUAAAGUAUGUUGAUUGGUCGAAAGAUUGAAAGUAAAUUAUAGGAUUGUCAUUUGAAGAGCAAUUCCCUCUGGUCUCAUUGUGAUGACUUCUGAAGAACAGUGUAAGCCCAGUGCAAUAAAUCUGAGAGCAAUAAAUGGCAAGAAAUACCCAUAUGAUGGAAGAUAACACCUGUCUGCCAAUGUUUAGAUUAAACUUUUGUAUGUUUUCAGGAUAUGUGUGGAUAUGUGUGUUUGUGUGUUUUAGAGACUUAUUUCCAUGUUUCAUACAUUCACAGCAGAUCAAGAUCACAAACACUCCUGACCCAUGAUCAGCAUGAAUGAAUACAGCUUUUCAAACCCUUUCAACAAUAAAAGAAAUUAAAUGAUCCUAAUUGUGAUAUAAAAACAGAAUAUAAUUGGUAAAUAAACAG